UGAACACCUCGCAGACCACAGAGUCUCUGAAUUCUGCCAAGACGGCUCCCCCACUGUCCACCAUGAAGCCUCAGUCAGUGUUGCACAGCGGCUACUUCCACCCCCUGCUUCGCACCUGGCAGGCAACCGCCACCUCCCUGAAUGCCUCCAACUUGAUCUACCCCAUCUUUGUCACGGAUAUGCCUGAUGACAUCCAGCCCAUUGCCAGCCUCCCUGGAGUGGCCAGGUAUGGCGUGAACCGCCUGGAAGAGAUGCUCCGGCCCCUGGUGGAAGAGGGUCUGCGCUGUGUGCUCAUCUUCGGGGUCCCCAGCAGGGUUCCCAAGGACGAGCGUGGCUCUGCAGCCGAUUCCGAGGACUCCCCAACUGUCGAGGCUGUCCGGCUGCUGCGCAAGACCUUCCCCAGCCUGCUGGUGGCCUGUGACGUCUGCCUGUGCCCCUAUACCUCUCACGGGCACUGUGGGCUCCUGAGUGAGAAGGGGGCCUUUCAGGCUGAGGAGAGCCGCCAGCGGCUGGCAGAGGUGGCACUGGCCUAUGCCAAGGCAGGCUGCCACGUGGUGGCGCCCUCAGACAUGAUGGAUGGACGCGUGGAAGCCAUCAAGGAAGCUCUCAUGACUAAUGGACUCGGCAACAGGGUAUCGGUGAUGAGCUACAGCGCCAAGUUUGCUUCCUGUUUCUACGGCCCUUUCCGGGAUGCGGCUCAGUCCAGCCCAGCCUUUGGAGACCGUCGCUGCUACCAGCUGCCUCCUGGAGCCCGGGGCCUGGCCCUUCGUGCUGUGGACCGAGAUGUGCGGGAGGGAGCUGACAUGCUCAUGGUGAAGCCGGGAAUGCCCUACCUGGAUAUUGUGCGAGAGGUCAAGGACAAGCAUCCGGAGCUCCCACUGGCUGUGUACCACGUGUCAGGGGAGUUCGCCAUGCUGUGGCACGGAGCCCAGGCUGGGGCAUUUGAUCUCAAAGCUGCUGUUCUAGAGGCCAUGACCGCCUUACGCAGGGCAGGGGCUGACAUCAUCAUCACCUACUAUACACCCCAGCUGCUGCAAUGGCUGAAGGAGUGAGUCCACCCCAGAGUUUCCAGUGAAGAAGUGAAAACCAAAGUGACCGCUAAUUUUAAGACCAUGCCCUCUCAUUCCCACCCUGCUCCCAUGCUGGCAGGGGCCCAGCCCUGGGUGCCCUCUGCAACCUGCCAAAGUCUUGACUGCUCACAGCCACAUCCUCAUGGACUCUCUAAAGCUGGCAUACCCUCCCUGCCUUGGCCCUGAGACUUGCCAGCCCCAACACCCCCUCUCUGGUCUGGCUGCAGCUUCUGGAGAGGUAGUGGGGCCAGGGGCAGGCUCCGUGGGACUCGAGCCAUUUGCCAUUGCACCUCAGUUCCUGCCAGGAGGCCUGAGCCUCCCACAGCAGAGCUGGGUGCUGGGAUGCAGGCCAGUGAGCAUCUGGGCUUAGCAUGGAGAUUGACGGCAAGCCCACAGAAGAUGAUGCUCACCAAGGCCCACAAGUGCCCAGCUGCCCGAUACCUCUUGCAUAUUAUACUCUGAGCCAUAAACCCAAAGAAUUGCUCUUCGCCGAGCAGAAAUGUGACCUGAAGAUCAGCAUUCAGGGGAACGAGGAGAGUCUCCCUGACUGGGAAAUAGCACACUUGCUCCGUGCCCAAAUGCAGGGCAGGUUUCCAGGGAUAUUGUUUGUGUGUUUGAUAUGGGGAAGGGAGUAAUGAACACCAAUAAAGCAGAUAGAUUCUCUCCACA